CAGCCUAAGUUACCAUGUGCAGCAUAAACGUUUUGAAAAUAUGAUUUAUAAAUCGGUUUUAUGCGCUUUGUGCUUAUGGCUUGCACGUGGUGUGUUUGGUGCUGAUGCAGAUGAAGUGAAGUCAGUGUCAGUGAUGGAGGGAGAUUCUGUCACUCUACACACUGAUCUCACUCACAUACAGACAGAUAUACAGAUACUCUGGACUUUUAAACUAAACACUCGUUUGGCUGAAAUCAUUAAAAGGGAACAGAUGAACAUUUUUUUUGUUAGUAAGGAUGUGAUAUUCAGAGAUCAUCUACAGAUGAACAAUCAGACUGGAUCUCUAACCAUCACAAACAUCAAAACUGAACACUCUGGACUUUAUCAACUACAGAUCAUCAGUGACAAGAUCUCAUUCACAAGUUUUACUGUUAUUGUCCAUGGUGUGUUUGGUGUUGGUUCAGAUGAAGUGAAGUCAGUGUCAGUGAUGGAGGCAGAUAAUGUCACUCUACACACUGAUCUUACUAACAUACAGACAGAUGAUCAGAUACUGUGGCAGUGUGUUAAUCGAGGGACUCGUAUAGCGCAAAUAUAUAAGAAACAUAUGGACAUGUUUGACAGUAAAGUGUUAUUUGGAGACAGACUGAAACUGGACAGUCAGACUGGAUCUCUCACCAUCACAAAAAUCAGAAUCACAGACACUGGACUUUAUAAACUACAGAUCAUCAGUGACACAGGAAAUUCAUACAAGAGAUUCAAUGUAACUGUCAGUGUCUAUUCUCGUCUGCCUGUUCCUGUCAUCUCCAGAGACUCUUCUCAAUGUUCUUCACCAUCAGAAAGAUCUUCAGUGUCAAAAUGUGUGUUGUUGUGUUCAGUGAUGAAUGUGACACAUGUGAGUCUCUCAUGGUACAAAGGAAACAGUUUAUUGUCCAUCAUCAGUGUGUCUGAUCUCAACAUCAGACUCUCUAUACCUCUGGAGGUGGAAUAUCAGGAUACAAACACAUACAGAUGUGUCAUCAACAAUCCCAUCACAAACCACACACAACAUCUAGACAUCAACAAUGUCUAUGAGGCAUGUUCAGGACUCAUGAUGAAGCAACACUGGGUGGGAAUCACAGUAUUUAUUGUAAUGCUGGUUAUGGCGACUGCAGCUUUGGGUGUAUUGUGGUUUCUCUACUACAGGAAAACUAGACAUGUGGUUCAGACUCAUGAUGAGGCAGAUACAACAUUAAGUGCACGCCAAAAUGAGAUUUCGGUAAGAGUUUGUGUUGCUGCGUCUGUAUCUUGCUGUUUGUGCCCCUUUGGUUUCUGUCAAAGAUUUGUUUUUUACAAGUAAAAAAAAAGUUUUUUGUGCUACUUUUGUAAGUGGUGAUCCAUCAGGCGUCAAGCUGUCUUAAAAAUCUCAGCAUGCUUGCGAUACGUUUGUGCUGUAUAGGGCGAAAUAAAUACCACAGACAGCUGCGAAUUUGUGAACUUGGAAUAGCUCUGGAAGUAACAAAGUGCAAAUUCUGCCACCAAAUUGUAGGAGUUAAAAGACUGAAUACAAGUAAAUUUG